AGAUCCUACCUUUGGUUUGGUUAGUUUGGUUUGUGAGUGAACAAAAUGGACGGAGACUAAUGGCGUACCGAGUGUUAUUUGAAGCGGUGUAUUAGUUCGUCCAUAAAAGUGUAGAAUCUCAGUCUAUUAUUAUCGACGGAGAAUAAUUAAUAUAUGUACUGCAUCGUUACCUUAUUAUUUUUUCGCUCGUUGUCCUUUGUCUUUUACUAAGAAUUUGGAACUUAUUUCUUGAGUAUGGUAUCCAUUUUGUGAUCAGCCUUGUUGUGUGGCGUUUAUAAAAUAAUUUACGAUAUAAAAUGGGCCUACCAAUCAGUAGUUGGUUUGUUCAACGCAAAAUAAUUUUUAUUCACUCCAAAGAGUGAUGGACUCAUAUAAUUUAUUUGGUGAUGAUGGAAGCGGUAUGUUGGAAGGACUCACGGAUCUCGGUGGAACAGACAGCUUUGCUGGUAGCUCUGCAUCUGGUGUAGCUGUUGACAAUAAAGAUAAUACAGAUAACAGUUUCAGACAACCAUAUCCACAGAGCAACGUAGCACAGGAUAGUUCUAUUCAGAAACUGGCGCCAUUUGGCGGGGGAACUUCUACCGGAAUAUCGAGUAGUGCACAGCCUGUGCCACCGCCUACAGGCCCCCCGGCAUCAGAAUAUCAUGAUUACGGCAAUUAUCCUCCGCGUCCACGAUUACCGCAACCACCCCAUGCUCCUCUUCAUCCAUCACAUCAUGUGCACCCAUCUCAUUCAUAUCCUGGAUACCAUCCUGGACCUGAUCCCAUGUACAGCAUGUCUGAACAAUCAGGCAUUGGGGACAUGGGUGUGUGGUCUGGAGCGCCAGGAGCCAAUAGAUAUGCUCCAAUAACUCCUGGAUACAGACAUUCUUAUGAACAUCAACAAAAGAUUCAUCAAUAUUCUCCUCAACAGGCUUCAAGUCUAGGAGGCCUCCAAGCGCAAAAUGGAUCUUAUUUGCCAAGACAACCCCAUUUUUCACAACCAACAUCACAGCAAAUUUAUGGACAGCAACAGAACUAUCCAAAUUAUACGCAAAUGCAUCCACCUACUGCAUCAAGAAUAAGUCAGCAUCCUACCUAUCAUCAACAGAUGGAUGUUAAUCCUCACCAAUAUGGGAUUCCGCACGGACAACAGAGUCAUGCUACGUUAUCACAACACCAGCCGCAUCAAAGUAUACCCAGUCAUUCUGGAGGUAUACAAAACCACCCAAAUGUCCAUCUUCAUCAUGCUGGGGCUCCGCCACUGCAUCACGUUUCGCGUCAAGCGCCAGGCCCACCAUCAUCUGUGUCGCCUGCACAUCCGGCCAAUAUGCCUUAUGUAUCUCCCCACCAUGCCGUACCCAUGAACUAUCAACCUCAUCAAGUUCAACAUCCUUUGGACGUAAAUGUCACAAACCAAUACAAUCCAGUAAAACCAAGUGGCAUUGAAACCGGGAGUCCUCAGUAUCGUCCACCAUUUCCACAAUUAUCCCCUCAGAUGUCACCUAGGGCACAAAUGUCCCCAAGACCACAGCAACCUCCCCAGUUAUCACCGAGGCCAGUUAUGUCACCUGUAAAAGGACCUACUGCAUCGCCACAUGCAGCCACUCGAAAUUUAGUGCAAUCCCCUGUGUCAUCAGGACCUCCCACAGGGGCCUUUUCUUCGCAAAAUACAUUGCAAGCUUUGGAACAAAUGGUUUUGCCUUCGGGAACAGAAUAUCCGUACCAAAGGAAUCCCUCGUCACCAGCGGUUGGUCAUGUUGUUUCUUCACCUUCACAAUGGUCUCAGAAUAAAAUUCCUGCAUCUAUUAAUUCAUCGACAUCAACAGAAACCAGUGAUCAAUCAAGUAAAGAACCUAUAAACACAACCGCGACUUUAAAAACAGAAUUGGUAAAAAAUAUCCCACUUUCUGUUGCUGAUCCAAAAAAUUCAGAAACAAGUGAUAUGGAACAUGAACGGAAAUCUUCCGAAAUUCCGACUUCUCACAUGUUUUUACCUACUGGUUCAGUUGAUUCAGUAUCAAAAGAUAACAUGCCGCCAACUGUGUCAACUGUUCCCCCUUCAAACAUUGUUCAUUCGAAUACUUCCAUUAUUCCAACUGAAGUUGAAUCCAAUGAAACUGAAAGUGAAGUUAAAGAAGAAAAAAAUGUGGAAAAAAAUGUUGAAGACCAAAUUAAAGAUAUUACCCAACAAACAACAGAUAUCCCAAACAGAAAAUGCAAUAACGAAACACUAGGAACAAAUAUAGUUACUCCUUCUACAUCUGCGAAAAGUGGUGUAAAUGUGGGUAGUGACCUUGCACCUAACCAAAUGCAUCUACCGCCACCCCCGCCACCCACCCAUGCCGUUGCAUCAAUUUCUAACCCAGGACCGCAGUACGAAACUCUAACAACUCUUAACAAUAAUAGAAACCAGGGCUAUCAAGGCAAUAGUAUUCCAAAUGUUCCACCAAGUUUGCAAAAUACAUUACCGCACAAUGUUCCAAGUAAUGUAAAUAUUCCUGCAAGUAUACCAUCGUCGAACAUUGCAUCUAAUAAUGUUCCUACUAGCUUUCCGAGUGGAACUAAUUCUGGACCACUGAGUCUUCCUGCUGGGCAAACAAACCACACGUUGCCGCAUGGGGGAAUUACUAAUACUGUGUCAUCUUCAAUGUCAGGACACAAUCAACAAGUUAAUUUGAACUCUGUUCCUAACAUACAACAAACUUCGAUGCCCAAUAAUCCUAGUACAUUGCCAAUGGUAUCAACGAAUGCAAAUACUAAUAUACCGAGUGUACCUGUGGGUAUGCAAAUAAAUGUUCCAAGUAUACAUCCCAAUUUGGGACCUAGUAUGCAGACAAUACCUAAUAUGCCCCAUAACAUACCACAUAAUCCCAAUAUGAUAAUGAUGAGCGCAAAUCCUAUGACUCAUCCUAGUAUACCUGGAAUUUAUCACACUUCUCAUCAUCAAGAGCGAAUGGGAUUGCAACAACAAAUACAAGAAAUAUACUGUUUGCCUCCAUCUAAUGAAAAUCAGGAAAAAGUCAGAUGUCUGCAAGAACGACUGGCUCUUAUACAACAACAUGAAACAAAUGAGAAAUGUAAUGGUGGGCCGAAUUGUAUUUUACAGAACCCUUUAUAUGGGUCUAAAAUGGUUGAAAGUCCUCAAGUAACUAGUACUACAGGACGUGGGAGAGGAAAAGGGCCCGCUAAACCCAGAAAACCUCGGGCAAAGAAAGAUAAAAAUACUGCUGCAGCGUCUUUAGAUCAAUUACCAGUCUCUGAAGAUUGUGUUACAGCUGGAACGGGUUUGCUUAGUAAUUCUGAACUGGAUCUAGAAAUGAGUGAAGAUUUAACAAAUUUAGAUAGCAGUGCGCUUUCGGUAGAUGAAUUAGGAUGUGGAAAAGUAAAGAAACCAAGGGGUCCUCGAAAAAAUAAAGAAAGAAAGCCUCGAACGCCUAAAGAACCGAAGACACCUAAGCAACCAGGAGAUAAACCUAUUAAGGAAAGAAAAAAGCGUGAACCAAAAGAUCCCAAUGCACCUAAGAGAAAAAGAAAUACGAAAAAAGAAUUAUCAGAAGUACUGGCUGACACAACAACCACUUAUGAUUUACUUGAAAAAAGUAACAUUGAUAAUUCUAGCGAAACAACAGCAAUUCAUCCUCAUGAGCUGCCAAAGAGUACAGCUACUUCAGAAUUGGCAUCUCUAGAUGAUUCUAAUGUAACUGACUUUGAUGAUAUUCCUGUAUCCAAAAUACCUAUUAAAGAAUUAUUAGAGGAAGCUGAAGCUAAGAGAGAAUGUGAGAAAGAUGACGAGAUUGAAUCAGUAAGUCAAAAGAAGCGUACUUCAAGAAAACGUUCAUCAAUUUGCGGAAGUGGUAGAAAAUCUUCGUUAAAAAGAACUCCAGGAGGACGCAAGAAAAGACGUGGUGGUUUAGUACCAGAUUCUGAUGGUGAACCUGAUGACAUGAUGGCAACACCACCACCUUCGCCGCCGCCAGAGGCUGAUGAUAGCCUAAAAAGACGUUCGGCAAGAAACACUCAACGAAAAAAAUACACAGACGAUGUCAUGUUACGUUUAUCAGAUGACGAAUUCCCUAUGACUGCUCCUAAAAUGGAAAAAGAAUGUAAGGUUGAGGAUAUCACUAUGGAAACCAAAGAAAUUGUUAGGGCUGAAGGUACACCUAAACUAACACCAAACUAUAUGUAUGUAAAUACCACCGAAGAAGAUUCAAUGAUAGUCCAGCAUGUAUUGGCAAGCCGAAUGGGUAAAAGAGAGUUUAAAUAUGAGCCACCCGCUGAAGUAAGUAAACCUGAAAAUGACGAAACAGUUUCGACAGUGUCUGAUAAUAACAAAACUCAACUGCCAUCAUCAAUACCAACAUCAGAUAUACCUCCUCAAGAAUCCAGUGAUGAUAAACCCAUAUCAUCACCAGAAGUGAAAGAUGAGCAAGGUAUCACAGAAAAUUCAGAUGAACAAAAAACCCCAUGUGAAGCUGAAGAUGGAGAAAGACAAAUUACUGACACUAAAAACAAAAAGCCUGUUAUAGUUGAUGUUGAAGAAUACUAUGUCAAAUAUAGAAAUUUUUCUUAUUUGCACUGCGAAUGGAAGACUGAAGAAGAAUUGUAUAAAGGAGAUAAACGAAUAUUUUCUAAAAUCAAACGUUUCAAACAGAAACAAGCUCAACAAAUGAACAUUUUUGAACUUUUGGAUGAUGAACCAUUUAAUCCCGACUACAUAGAAGUUGAAAGAAUUUUAGAUUUGUCUGAAAAUCAAGAUCCUGCUAAUAACACAGUUGUAAAACAUUAUUUGGUUAAAUGGAAAAGCCUGCAAUAUGAAGAUAGUACGUGGGAAUUAGAAGAAGAUAUUGAUGUUGAUAAAAUAAAACAAUAUAGAAUAUUUAGCGAACUUCCACCAAAGGAUAAAUGGAAGUUUAAAAAACGGCCAUCCGCUGAUCAUUGGGUGCAGUUAAAAGAAUCCCCUCUGUAUAAAGGAGGCAAUACAUUGAGACCAUAUCAACUUGAAGGUCUUAAUUGGCUGCUAUUCUCAUGGCAUAAUAAUCGCAACUGUAUUUUAGCCGACGAAAUGGGUCUUGGUAAAACUAUUCAAAGUUUAACUUUUGUUAAUUCUGUUUGGGAAUAUGGUAUUAGAGGCCCAUUUCUUAUUAUUGCUCCAUUGUCAACAAUUCCGAAUUGGCAACGGGAAUUUGAAGGUUGGACUGAAAUGAAUGUUAUUGUAUACCAUGGUUCUCAGCAAAGUAAGAGCAUGAUACAGGAAUAUGAAUUUUAUUACAAAAAUGAAGGUGGCGAACCCAUUAAAGAAAUUACUAAAUUUAAUGUUUUGAUUACGACGUUUGAAAUAAUCGUUACAGAUUUUCAAGAACUUAAAUCCUUUAACUGGCGAAUUUGUGUCAUUGAUGAGGCUCAUAGACUUAAAAAUAGGAAUUGUAAAUUGUUAGAAGGUUUAAGACAACUACAUUUAGAACAUAGAGUUUUGUUAUCGGGAACACCAUUACAAAAUAAUGUAAAUGAAUUAUUUUCACUAUUAAAUUUCUUGGAACCAUCUCAGUUUUCUAGCAGUGAUGCUUUCUUGAAUGAAUUUGGUCAGCUAAAAACAGAAUCUGAAGUAUUAAAAUUACAAGCUCUAUUAAAACCCAUGAUGUUAAGAAGAUUAAAAGAAGAUGUUGAAAAGACUUUGGCGCCUAAGGAAGAAACUAUCAUUGAAGUAGAAUUAACUAAUAUUCAAAAGAAGUAUUACAGAGCAAUAUUAGAGAGAAACUUCAGCUUUUUGCAGAAAGGAACAGCCUCUGCUGCUAACAUACCCAAUUUGAUGAACACCAUGAUGGAACUUCGAAAGUGUUGUAUUCAUCCCUAUUUAUUAAACGGAGCUGAAGACCAAAUACAGUUUGAUUAUAAACAAACUUAUGGUGAAGAUAAAGAAGCAUAUUACAAAGCUCUUAUACAAUCGUCUGGAAAAAUGGUUUUAGUUGACAAAUUAUUGCCCAAAUUGAAGGCAGGUGGGCAUAGAGUAUUAAUAUUCAGUCAGAUGGUUAGAUGUCUGGAUAUAUUAGAAGAUUAUUUACUAUAUCGAAAAUAUCCUUUUGAAAGAAUUGAUGGACGCAUUCGAGGAAAUUUGAGGCAAGAAGCUAUUGAUAGAUUUUCCAAACCAGAUUCGGAUAGAUUCGUGUUUUUACUUUGUACAAAAGCUGGUGGAUUAGGUAUUAAUUUGACUGCAGCAGACACAGUUAUAAUUUACGACAGUGAUUGGAAUCCCCAAAAUGAUUUGCAAGCACAAGCCCGUUGUCAUCGGAUUGGACAACAGAAAAUGGUAAAAAUAUACAGGCUUAUCUGUCGCAAUACCUACGAAAGGGAAAUGUUUGACAAAGCAUCACUAAAGUUAGGAUUAGACAAAGCAAUAUUACAAAGUAUGAAUACAACACAGGGAAAAGAGACUGGCUUAAAACAGUUAUCAAAAAAGGAAAUAGAAGAUUUGUUGAAGAAGGGUGCUUAUGGAGCGGUAAUGGACGAGGAUAAUGCAGGUGAUAAGUUUUGUGAAGAAGAUAUUGAAAUGAUUUUAGCACGCAGGACACAAGUAAUUCAAAUGGAAUCUGAAAAAGGAUCGACAUUUUCUAAGGCCAGUUUUGCAGCCACAGAUCAGAGAUCUGACAUUGAUAUUCGAGACCCCGACUUUUGGAAUAAAUGGGCGAAAAAAGCAGAAAUAGACACAACUGAAAAGAAAGAAGAUGAAGACCUAAUUGUUACAGAGCCUAGAAAACGAACAAGCAUAAAAAGAUAUGGACAUGAUGAUGGACCGAUGGAAAUGUCAGAUAUGGAAGUAACACCAGAUUCUGAGGAAGAUGAAGAAGGUAUAAGUCUACGUAGCAAACGAAAGAAAGAGAAAUUAGGGAGAAAAGGUAGACGAUAUGCUAGUGAUGACUAUAUUCCUCGACAUGAAGGUGUUCCGGUUGACGAAGAGGUGGUAUAUGGAUCAUGGACACGUUCAGAGUGUUUUAAAAUUGAGAGAGGAUUACUUACAUUUGGAUGGGCUCGUUGGGAUGAAAUAGUUGACAAGAAUCAGUUUAGAAAAGGAUGGACUAUACCUGUCAUAGAAGAUUGUGCACGUGUUAUAGUACUAUACUGCUUGCGACACUACAAAGGCGAUGAAAAGAUAAGAAAUUUUAUUUGGGAUCUUAUUGAACCAUGUGAAAACGGAGAAGUCACAAUUUCUAGAAAUCAUAGCGGCCUACAUAACCCCGUGCCUCGCGGAAGAAAUGCUAAGAAAAAAAACAAACCAAAAGAUGUGCCAAAACUAAGUGACACCCAAAAGUGGGAAGAUGUAAAUCAUUGGAGUUCAAUUGAAAAGUACGAUUGUGAGGCGUAUCUAGAAAGUAGUUACAAAAAACAUUUAUUUAGACAUGCCAAUAAAGUUCUGUUGAGAGUUCGUAUGAUGUAUUAUAUCAAGCACGAAGUAAUAGGGGACUAUGCCACUCAAAUCGAAAAUGGAGUUCAUGCAAGUUCCUUGGGUAUGAGGGUGCCUCGUGGUGUGGACAGUACGCCGCCAAGACUCUGGUGGGAUACAGAAUGCGAUGUAUCUCUAUUAGUCGGGACCUAUAUACAUGGAUACGAGAACUAUUUAGCGAUGCGUACAGAUCCACAACUUUGUUUUGUUGAUAAGUUGGGUCCGCCAGACGAUGCAGAAUGUACAGAUAUCAAGAGUGAAGAGAGAAAAGUGCGGGGCAGUGUGGUAGGGGACGAGGACUGCACGGACGACGUGUCGAGCGGCGCGGGCGCCACGUCGCCGGCCGCGUCGCCGCGUGCCGACGACGAGCCCGGCGGCGGUGGGCCUUGGCCCUCUAUGCAGGACCUCAACACGCGCUUACGUCGACUGAUCACCGCCUAUCAGCGCAACUAUAAACGCGAGGAACUCAAGAUGCAGCAGAGAGCUAAGAAGAUGGAGCGGCGAGAGCGCAUGGAUCAGCUUGCACGGGAUGAAAUUGCCCAAUGGCGAUGGACGCGUGCUGACGAAGAAGCGUUCCGACGUACAGUCGCGUCAUAUGGCGUAGAGUUUGACCCAGCUACCAAGAGUUUACGUUGGAGCCGAUUCAGAACGUUGGCGCGAUUGGAUUCCAAGAGUGAUGAUGCUCUGACUGAUUACCUCAAAGCAUUUAUGGCGAUGUGUAAACGUCAAUGUGGGCUGUCUGUGGGAGAGGCAGAACUACCCACCAGAGCAGACUUAAAAGCUGAGCCUAUAGGUGAAGAAAGGGCUAUUGCCACUUUAGAAAGAAUCGAUCUUUUAAGAGUGCUACGUGAAGAAGUGGCACCACAUCCAGCCUUAGACGCCCGCUUGGCUUUAUGUGAAAGGUCUCCUGAUACUCCACCUUGGUGGCAACCUGCGCGACAUGAUAAGCUGUUAGUUUUAGGAGUUUGCAAGCAUGGGCUUGGCGACACAUACAACAAACUAUUUUGCGAUCCCAAAUUACCUUUUGCCGAUUGUGCUAAUAAAUGGUAUAGUAGUCACAAAGGAAAAACUGAUGCCCAAAAAGUGACUAUGGACGAUGACGAAAACGCCGAAGAGAAUACAGGAGAAACAAGAAUGUCGCUUAGGCGCAGUAAGCGAACAUCUAACGCUUGCGAUAAAGAUAACGAAGAUGAUACCGACGCCCUAUCGGAAUUGGAAAAUCUGGCUAAACUAGGAAGAGUUGAAGGCUCGAUGUCGCCCGAGCAGUGGUUCUCGGAGCGCGCGCUGGAGACGCGGCUGCACCACAUCGCGCACGCCGUCCAGAACCGCGAGUGGCCCAGCGCCGCGCCCCAGCCCGUUGUCGAGCAGGCGAGCGAGCGCACGGAGGGCGAGGAGCGUCGUCACAAGCGGCACAUCGCCAUCGACGUGGAGACGGAGCGCGCCAAGCUGCACGCGCUGCUGUCGUCGCCGGGCGACGCGUCCAGCGACUCGGGCUCCCGCCGCGGCACGCCCGCGCCGCCGCCCGCGCACCAGCGCCCGUCACCCGCACCCGCACCUGCGCCCGCGCCCGCCGCACCCGCACCCGUCGACCUGUCGGCGCCGCUGGACCUGAGCGAGGCGCACGAUUUCUCGCUGGCGCGCCGCUCGCCGCCCGCGCCGCCCGCCGCGCCCGCCCGCAGCAGGCUCGAUGACACGCUCACCAGGCUCAUGAAAAGGAAAAAUGUCCCUGCUCCAGAACAAAUAAUUGGAAAAGAAAAGAAACGCAAGAAACUUGAUGAAAUUGUUCUUGGACUGUCUGCUGCAAAGGGGCAAAGUUCGUCCAGUACCUUUACAUCCGAAUCAUCUCGUAAUAGAGCUACCCCCAUAUUGCCUGACGUUACAGUCACACCUGCUGCGCCUCCGACAUCUUCGUCAACAUCUUCAGUCCAAAAACCUUUUUCUGUGACUGUAACUAAUGUUCCUUCCUCACAAUCUUCUACUAAAGAAUUAUCGUCAUUUUUACAACAAUCUUUGGAACAGAGUACUAAAGGACAAAAACCACCUUCUUCUGUAACAAUGAAGUCUUACUCCCAUGAGGUUAAAGUAAAUAAAUGGUUAGCAGAACAAGCCAGCUUGGAAAAUCGUCGCCGAGGAUUGACACCGCGCCUUGCGCCCGACGAACAUGUGCCAGUAGUACACAGAGUUACAGGAAAGAGAAUUGUUGGCCAUAAGGCACCUCAAUUAAAGCAAUUGGCACAGUGGAUAGCAGACAACCCAAUGUAUGACAUUGAUUCGAAAUGGACGGAAGGUAUCAAAGAACAUGUUAAACUACCCCAAGAUGUUCGAAGUCAACGACAUUCUCCUAUGCCCUCUACCAGUAGUGUAGGAGAGCGUAAAAAAGGUCGCCCUCCAACACUUGAUAGUUCAUCAGCUAAUGUUUUGUCUUCAAAUUCACACCUAAACCAAAACUUAGCUGGAUUAAAUCCUGCUUUGUUAGCCAGUCUUUCAAGUUUAAGUGCAUUUGACCCAAAAACAUUGGCAGCGUCUUUGUCCAAUUUAACAGGUUUUGAUCCAAAACUGUUGAACACUUUUGAUCCUAAACUUCUAUCAAGCUUAAGCAGCUUCGAUACUAAGAACAAUCCACUUUUAAAUUCAUUCAGCAGUAUGCCAAAUUUAUUGGGAAACAUUGCUGGAGGGAAUAUUUUUGCAAAUUUGGCGGGUUUAAGUCUACCUGGUUUUUCGUCACUGGAUAUGAACUCUUUGAGUGGGGCGAGUAAUUCUGGAGACAAAACAAAGGCUCGGAAAGCUUCUGAAAAUGCUAGCUCCUCAAGUUCAAAAUCUCAAAACUCACAAUUCCCAUUUGUGUUCCCGAACCCAAAUAUGCUUUACCCGCAGUUAGGGUUGGGAGGCCUAAAUCCAUUUGGUAUGCAUUCUGGAAUGUCGUCAGCAUAUGACGCGUUAGGCCUUCUGAGCAAUAAUUUGGCUGCAAGUUCGAGCGCUGCUACAUUACAUAGUAGCCAUACCACAAAUCGUGUUGCUUCUAAAACUACUGCGCCCAGAUCAUCAACUGUAGUUACCAAUUCUUCAAGUUCUCGUCAACAAAAAGUUUCCGAUCGUCAACAAUCAAGUCAAUUACCUCAAAUACUGUUGCCACCAGAUCCGUAUUUAUUGGAAUCUCUGUCAAAGCAAUCAUUGAAUUAUGAAUCUUUACUGCGAGCCGAGAAAAAAGUCCGCGAAAAUGAUGGUCACGAAGCAGCAGCAACAGAUCUUUCUAAAGUGGACAAGAAAAAAACACCGUUUGAAUCCUUGAGGGCACAUGUACCUCCAGAAUUUGCAGCUGUUCAAGAAAAGCUUCUGAAGGGAGAUAAAAAGGAUAUUGAUAUUAGUAAAAUGUUAUUGGAACAAAUGGCAUCUGGUGCCCUAAGUGCUAGCUUGGUAAGUUCUGCUGAAGCUAAGAAAGCGAAAGAAAGUGAAAAAGAUGCAUACGAGAAAUUAAGCAAAAGUUCUUCUGAAUAUAUUGCCAGAACUUUAUCUUCAGAAGAUGCUUCAGCUAUUACACCUCACAAGAGAAGUCAUGAAGAAAUAUGUGAACCAGAGAAUUUAGCAAUGCAAACAAAUGAAACAAAUCCUUCAAAAAAAGUGAAAGAAAGUUCUGAAAAGAAAUCUAACGUCGAUAAGCAUCUAGAUCCACAUAGUCAUACGGGAGAAAUGGAUCUAGAAGAUUUAAUCGCGCCAUCCACAGUUAUUAAAACUGGUAUGAAAACGGUCAGUGAUUUUGAUGGCAGUCUUAAAAAUUUGACAACUACAGAUAAUUCUCCACCUUCAUCUUGCAAUCUAGACAGAGAAGAAAGUUCACAAUCAAAACUAUCCAAUCAAUUUCAAGAUGACCCUAGUGUUCAAACAAGUCAUGAACAACCCGUAUUAAGCGACAGCAGUAACAAUCGGGCUGAAAUCGAUACUCGUGACGCCGUAGAUGACACCAAUAUUGCUGCAGAUAUGACUAGUAGCGAUAGCAGUCGUAAAGGAAAUAAAAAGAAAUAUCGUAAAUCGUCAGAAGAAACUACAACAUGCCCUCGCCGUGAACUUAGAUCUAGUGCUGGAAGGCAAUCAACUGAGACAAUGACUUCUCAUCAUUAACAUGGACAAUUUAUCUAAUUUUUCAUUAAACAAAAUAUUUAGAGCAGUCAGAAUUAAAAUUAAACAACUGCUGCGAGGACGAUUAUUUAUAUAUAUUUUAGAAUUUUUAAUUAAGUCUCUAUUAAAAAACUGGAGCUUUUUUCCAAAUAUGGAAAUAUUACCUAUGUUGUUUGUCAAUAUCACUUUUCAUCAACGAUUCAGCUUUUUACGGGACAAUGAAAAUGUAUCCAGCAUCAUCUGUGCUCCAUUAUUUGGGUUGUUUAAACUUCAAAAGCCUGAAAAAUAUAUUUCAUACAUGCAGUUGUAUGUUGAGUUCAACAUACUCUGCUGUAGGUGUGUUUCAACUAGUUUAUAUUGAUAAUACUAAACACAUCCAGCCUUUUUGGUAUUAUAACUUAAAUUGAUAUUGAUGUUUUAUUUAGUAAUUACAACUUUUAUUACUUCAUGUAAAAAAACCUAAUGGAGUAUAGAUUUCAGAAAUUUUAUUCGUAUGCUGCGUGCACGAAAUCGGCAGCGCCGAGGGAUGGCGGUAGCGGUGUAGGUAUAUACAACAUAGAUGCGUACAACAGCAUAGCAACGUUUACGAAACGUUUGGAAAUGGAGCAGCGGGCGAUGCACCAAUGGAAGCGGGAAGAAAGCGGUGGAAUCACUUUUAUACGUCACUUCUGGGAGUACAUAAUGUUGUAGUAGUAGUAGUUUUGUGUGCAACAGCUGCCUCAUUGAGCCGUGCCUCCCUGCGCCGCACCGCUUCUUGCACCACGUCAUUUGUAAUAUGAUAAAUGGUGUACUUGCGAAACUUUAAAAUGAGACGGAUUUAUAAAUAAUUUAUACAACACUAAGAUCUCUUACAAAUCCGAUUAAUUGGUAAGCUUUGAGUACUUGCUAAUGUUAAAUGCUAGUAAUAAGUUUUUAGUAAUCAUGAAUUUUAAAAUACUUAUAUUAAAUGCUGAUUUACUAAUUUCAUAUAGUGAAUUUAGUUUUGAGGAUUAUGUUAGUUAUAUUCUUUGUUAACGCGAGAUUUAAGUUCCAUUUUACAUUAGUUUUAAGAGUUAAGUCAAACACUGAAUGUGAUAAAAUUAUUUAUUACAUGUAUUCUUAUUAUUUUGCAUCGCUCUAUUGAUGAAAUGUAUUAUAGAUUAUGUGACAAAUCAUGGAAUAAAUAUUGAACUGA